AAACUUACAUCGCGUUUAAACUUCUCAUAUAAACGAUGCGCAUGUGGACUAUUUAUAUAUAAAGCACCUGCGUUUGGCUUCAAACGAGGUAAUCCAUCUGCUAUUCUACUGGCUAUACGGCAGUUUCUCCAAAUAUUUACGAAGAACUCUUUACGAAUACCACGCUGUGAAGCAUCUUUGGGUUAUCAAGGAUUUGUUCGAGCUUAGUAUACCACCACUCUACAAGUACAUAGAUAUGUUGCCAUUACUACCAUUGGCGGCAUGCUGCCUUUCAUUAUCCCCCCUAGCUUCUGGGGCAGUAAUUAGGCGGGAAUUGAUACCCUCAGACGCGACUAAGGUAGCGGUAGAUGCUAUGAUGGCGUUAUACGAUGAGAAAACAGGCCUUUGGGAUCCUAACAACCCAGGAUCGUCUUGGUGGCAGAGCGGCGUCGCUCUUUGGGCUCUCACAGAAUAUAUGGUCAAGUCGGGAUCUCACGAAUACCUCCCCCAAGCACUAAACACAGUCAAAAUCCAGCGGGCACCUCUCAGCUGGUGGCCGGAUGGAGAUGGCGACUUCCGCGCUGACAGUACUGAUGAUACGGCCUGGUGGGCGCUCGCAAUGACUAGCCUAUACGAGCUCACAGAUGAUGAAGAAUACCUACUGAUUGCUCAGGAAGAUGAGGCCUACAUGUACAAGUACUGGAACACGACAACAUGUUCGGGUGGACUUAUUUGGAGUAUUCCAAGCCGGACUUAUCAUAAUGCCAUUAGCAAUGAGCUUUACCUAGAGCUUACGGCCAAGCUGCACAACCUCGUCCCAGGAGACAUGACGUACCUAAACCACAGUCUACAAGAGUGGGAAUGGUUCAAGAACAGCGGCAUGAUCAACAGCGAAAACCUUGUUAACGACGGGCUAACGGACGACGCCGCCUGCGUCAACAACGGAAGGACAACGUGGACAUAUAACCAAGGUGUGAUCCUAGGCGGCCUUGUCGAGCUAUACAAAGCCACAGGGGAUAGUUCGUAUCUCGAUGAAGCGCAGCAGAUAGCAGACGCCGCGGUCAGCAGCACGCUACUGGUUAAGGACGGAACCCUGACGGAACCCUGCAGCGACGAAAAAGCAUGCGAGCCGAAUGGCACCUCGUUCAAGGGUAUCUUCAUCCGGGAGUUGGCUAAGCUUAACGCUGUGCUGGAUGACCGUCCCUAUAGCUCUUUCAUCACGCAAAACGCUGUCACUGCGUAUGAGAACGCACGGAACGGGUCUAACUUUUAUGGUUUCCAGUGGCAGGGGCCGUAUGAUAAUGUCACGAUCGGUACUCAGGAGGCCGCGGUUCAUCUUUUAGUCGCGGCAUAUUUAUAAUAAUCCUGAAAUGCUUGGGGUUUUGUUCAAUGAGGUGGAGAGUAUGAUGGCGGUUCUGUCCGAGUGCAUUAGGAUGCGAUACAUUGAGGAAAUAAGGCAUAGGAUUUAUAAUAGAGCAGAUGCAUAAAGCAAAGUUUGUAAAUAUUGUUAUUCGCAGAUUGUGGUUGGCCUGGUCAUAGGGAGUCUGGGGCGAGCGGUGACAAUGGUGUCUGGUAACUGGUUUCCGCAGUGUUUGCUUAUUGAGGUUAUUUGGUGCAAAGCUAUAAAUUCAGAUACGAAGUAAGAUACCAAUGAUCGGAAUAUUCCGGCGGAGAAUUAGCUUAGGUCUUAAUAAAAGUUUACUCUCACCUCU